CAUGGACAUGGACGACCCCGUUACGGCCGUGAGCUUCUCCAUCGGCUUCGCAGUGGCAUUCACGAUUGUGCUGUGCUACUUUCGGUAUAUCUGGCUUCGUGAUGAAGCGGAUGAAGCGUUGCUGUCGAACGAGUUUGUCGGGCACUUGACCGGUCUCACGCGCGAUCAGCUCGAAGAUAUGGAUGAAGAAGUGAAGAAGUGGACGUGCAAUGUUUGCGCCUUCCACAACCAAGAUGCCUUAAUCUCGUGCGUGCUGUGCGACACACCUAAAGAACUUUUCAUCGUCGAGUCGCCUGCAUUCGACCAGCUCCAAGGAACUAUAAGUCAACUCACGGACAAGCAACUUGCUGCCAGGUUUCGGAAGCAGUGGUGGCGUGGGUACGAUGGUCGUUUGUGGCAUUGGCAUCACACAGACGACGCUGUUGACUCGCAGAGUUGGCACAUCGUGGGCCGUACGGCGCCAAACAUCAACUUAGCCUUCCUCCCGCUGGACGACGCGAUCGCCGGCUACACCCUGCUGGGCCACGAACUCGACACGUGGUGGUUCUACCAGCUCAAUUCACUCAGCCAAUUGGCUUUUUCGAUCAAAUAUGCGUGGCUCGUGGAGCAACUAACCGCCAACUUCGUCGGCCAUGCCCGCCUCGUCGUAUCCCGCGACACGAUCUUGGAGCAGUCGCUAACAGGGCUAGCGAAAACGCCUCUUCGAAACCUGUGCACUCUCAGUGUGAUCACCUUUGAGCACGAAACUGCUGUCGAUGCCGGUGGAGUCACACGGGAAUGGUACUCAGUCCUGACCAUGGCCAUCCUCGAGCCGACCCAAGGGCUCUUUACAGUGACCAACAACGCCGACCAGUCCUACUACAUCAACCCCAACUCGGAAAAAGUCCAUGGCGCGAACCACUUGGAUCGAUACUUGGCCAUCGGCCGGUUGCUGGGCCGAGCUAUCAUUGACGGCCAAGUCGAGCUUGUGGUUGGCGGACGAGAUAUCGCCGUCACGAACGCCAACAAGGCCGAGUACGUGGACAGGAUGGUGCAGUACUUGCUGUUUGACCGGGUCGCGCCGCAGCUACAGCAUUUGGUCCAGGGCCUGUACGAUGUGCUGCCGCAGGAGCUGUUGAUGCCGUUCGAUUACAAGGAGCUCGAGUUGAUGCUGUGUGGGUUUUCCGAGAUCGACGUGGCCGACUGGAAGCGGUCGACGAUCGUGUCCAAGUCGUUGGAGGACGUGGUCGGGUGGUUCUGGGACGUCAUCGAGUUUGACAUGACGGCGUCGGAGCGGGCCAAGCUGCUCCAGUUCACGACCGGAUCGUCUCGCGUGCCGUUGCAGGGCUUUCGUGCGUUGACGAGUCAUGACGGCCAGCUGUGCCCGUUUUCGCUGCACGGCGUGCCGUACGAGCGCGGCGUUUUCCCCAAGGUGCACUCGUGCUUUAACCGCAUCGACCUCCCGAUCUACCCCACGAGGGCGCUGCUGGCCGAGGGCCUGUUUGCCCUCGUCAACAUCCAGAGCAUGGCGUUCACCAUGGUGUAA